UAUGUAUAUUACCCUACCCGUGGCCGAAUACAUGAGUUCAUACCGUCAUUACUUUGUUCGCAUGAGCUUUGGAAGGAAGUUAAAAUGGUGUUGCGCAUUAUUAUUGUGGUGUUAUUUGUAAUGUUCAGAGCUGAUGCUUCCUGUGUUAAUCAAUAUGCUGAGAUCGGGGAUCAUAAUGUGCAGCUGGUGUUUAGUUUCACUUGGAAUACUAGAGAACUAAGAAAAGUAGUGCGUUACAAAGGACAAAUAUUACUCGGAGAGUGCAUACGGGUGUUUGUUGCCGAAUGUUCAGUCCCUGCAACAACGGUUAGGGUCUACACAAUUUCUUCAAGUGACGCCCUCACGUCUAUGUACAUCACAAUUGAUUUUUUUAAUGACACAACUGCAGGAGAAUAUUACUGUUCGACAGAUGACCGCAUUCAACAUCAGGCGAUAUGCAUUUACAGCAAAGUAAAUCUUACUUCAUUAACUCUGCUUCCGAAUACCAACAUAUCAUACCCAGUACACAAUGAUCAAUCAACGUUCACGUGCAUCACAUCACCAAGUAGACCUGUCUCAAGGAUUCAUUGGUUUGUAGAAGGUCGGAACAUUACUGACAUGGCCAGCUAUGCUUACAGCUCUGAUAUUGCAACAAGCAAUCUUAGAUAUACGCCUCAAUCAUAUAACAAUAAGAAUUUAAUCUGUACAGCAAACUACAUGUUUAAAUCAACGAACAUAACAUUGCAAAGAGGAACGAGGAUUAUCGUGCAAUAUCCAGUAUCGACACCUUCAAUUACAAUUAACAGCACAGUCGUUACGGAAACUGCAACUGUCCAUAAAGACAUCCCCGUGGAGUUGCAGUGUUCUGCAUCCGGAUUUCCGCCUCCAACUUACCACUGGUUCUAUCCAGGAGGUUUUUCUUUUGGAGACACUGUUAUACUAAAGUUCAACAGAACGUUCAGAGAUGAGAACAUUUCUUGUGAGGCCACAAACUCAUAUUAUUCACUGAAUGGAACAAUAACUUCAUUUUCCACAACGUCGGUCACUUCGAUCAAAAUUAAAGUUACAACAAGACCAGAUAUUCCAAAAUACUUCUGUAUCCUAUCCAUCACGGAGUCAGCGAUGAAUCUUCGAUGGGAACCGGGUUUUGAUGGAGGUGACGAACAGCAUUUUGUUAUUAGGUUUCGGAAGAUACAUGCUACAGAAUGGACGAAUAUUCGUGCACAACUCAUAAAUACAUACCUAUUAGAAGGCUUGGUACCAGGAACGGGUUAUGAGCUUAAGUUGCUGGCAAAUAAUGUUGUUGGUUCAUCGACAGAGACAGAUACACUUACGUCUAGUACACUUAAUUCGAACAUAACAAGAUUAGAUACACAUGAAGAUGCUAACCAAGCAGCACAGCAUUUCAAUUCUUGCACGACACCAUUAAUAGGUGGUGUGGCACUGGCUUGUGUCAUUGGUGGAGGAAUUAUCGCACUAAUUUUGGAGAGACUGAUUUGGAAACUUCGUAAGAAACCGUUGAAUACUGGAAAGCGAUGCACAUCAACUGGACCCUACGAUAACUUACAAAUACCAAGUCUGGGCCUAACAACAAUCAUGCAUUCGGAUAGGAGCUAUGAACGUUGCGUUGUUGAUUCUGCACAACAAUUCCAGUACCAAAGUCUCUCUGAUGAAAGAAACUUCCAAGAAUACCUCGAAACUCCGGUAUCAACCACAGCUGUACAAAAACAACCCAAACCGAAUAUCUGUACAUCAGAAACUGUACAAGCGACAGCCGACAGAAGCGACAUAACGUAUACAAAUAUGAUAUAGUAUGAAAAUUAAAUACAAAUGCAACAGUUCGUGUACAUGUAUAUCAACCACUUAAAUCAUAUGUUCUGUGUGAAUUAUAUUGAAAAAAAAAUCUGCAAAAAACUGCAUUUGUAUAUAAAGUAAGUCAUCAGCGUUACACAAUAUCUGAUAAUUAAAGAAACUUUAAAAAAAAUCAUUAUCGGGUCUAUAAAUGUAUGAAGAAAUAUACAUUUGUUAUUUCUAGAACUGAUUAAGAUAUUUCAUUUAACAUUUUGAUAUAACUUAACACGGUCAAAAUUAUAAUGUAAGGAAAUAUAUGAAUGUGUCUUCAAAUUUGGAUACAUUAUAUGUAUUAAUGGCCGUUAUUUUCAUAACUGUGGUGUAUAAAUGAUUUCGAAAGGCGCACUUUUAGUCUCGUGACUCAUACUUACAUCCGCUUCCGAUCACAUUCUACCUGGUCCUAUUUUGUAAUGCCUCAAAUAAAUAUGACUGUUGUGUUUCACCUUUGAAGAGGUGGGAUAUAGUGCUUUGUAUAUAUGUCCUUGAGUCGAACAGUCGUCGGUCCACCGGUUGGUUUGACAAUGUUGUUUCCGCACGAUAUCUAACGAACACUUUGACUUUAUAAUAAUUAAGGAGUUAUACUGCUAACUUUCGAGGAAAGACAGAAGUCUAAUGAUUUUGACGUUAACAGAUCAAAAGGCCGAUGCUGUGUACAUGUAUAUACAAAAUUGACUGUUAUGUCUAGUUUUUACGAAAGCAUGAAACAAAACAUGGGAUUACUCUUAUAUGUCGGAAACAGAUAAUCAGUGCCGAAAAGCACUACAAAUGCGCCCAUUCAUUCGCACUUACUAUAUAUUGUCGUUAAAUGCACCAAGUAUUUGUGUUUUUGUAAAGCCAGUGCCGAACUAAGGUACGCCCCGAAUGUCUGUUAACCGAUGAAAAGCUUGUAUUUCAUUUAAAUAAUGUAGGUUAUAACAAUGUGAUGUAAUAUUUUCGUGGCAUUUAGUACCUUACUGAUAAUAUUACGAAUGUUAUUAAAGAUGUUGGAGUAUUAUAGUAUGUUGUGGGUUUAUGCUGUUAACCUGUUUGUUUAUAAUUAUAUGUUAUGCGGUUGUAUGUAUCAUAUGCAUUAUGAUCAUAAAAUGUUGACGAA